GUAUCCCAGCUCUGUCAGCGGGAUACCUCCCAAGUCGCGUUCCUGUCAUAACUUCAUACAUAUAAGGAAGAGCAAUUCGCCUGCGUGCUAAUUAUAUCUGGCCGGUGGGAAAUCCCCCCCAAUCAGCUGCUUCUUGUGUGGCGGCUAAUAAUAACCUGCCCAGAUGAUUAUUGUCCUGCUCACCCAGCCCCGCUCCUUCACUCUCCAGCCUUUCCGUCGAGCUUGGCUUUUAGAGACGUUGGCUGUCCAGCCCUGCCGGUCCCGUUUGCCGUCUCUCCCACUAGCCUUUUCCUGGUUUAAAUCUGCCGCGUUCCAUCAAGUGGGCCCGUCGACCAAUCAGCGUGCGCCGGUAAAGUUGUUCCUCCGUAGCCACGCCCACUUGGAAUCUUCCCUGGCUCGGAAUCAGAAUCCUCCCUACAGGUGUACGGCUUAUCAAACGUUCCCGCCGUUUUGGUCCAGUCGACCCAUGGCUACCAGUGGUAAACUUGACCUGCGUUCCCCUUCCACCAACUGGAAGGAAGCAAAAAGUGAGAAUAGUAAAGGAAUAUAUACAAAAAUGCACCACUAUACAGGGUUUAUUUGUUGUAAAAUGUAAUACUGGACAAUAUGUGCAUGCAUAUGUGUGUGUGUAUAUUCUCUUAUUUGAGGGAUAAGUAUGGUAAAACUAUUAAAAAAACCCACAACACACUUUUUAUUUUAUUUUUUAUUAUAUGCUGGACAGACUUGACAUUAACUGAAAAUGUUAUUGUUUUACUUUUUAUAGAGUUCCUCAAAGAGCUGGACACUAAGAAGAGGCGUGAACAUUAUGGUAUCAAAGACUAUAUCACGCUUAAGGAUAUUCCAUCUUGGAAAGACCAUGCUAAAAGUGAGGGUUCAAGAAGUGUAAACCGCUUGUUAUUGUAUAAAAAAAAAUAUAUAUAUUUUUUAAUCUUUCUUUCUUGCUAACAUACAGCAAUAUAUUUGGUAAAUAAUUGCUUUCUGUAGAUAUGCAGGUUGUAUGCAUAAACUAUAAAAUGUUGGUGAGACCUGAAGUAAACUACAGGUUAAACUUGCACUCCUUGCAAAAGGGGAAGAAAUGUUGGUCAGUGUCUCAUUUUUUGCAAACACCAGGAAUAUCCUGAUUUGUUUUCAGUGUAAGUAAUUUGCAGAUCCUGCUGUGACACUAGGGCUGCCAUUCAGGCAGCCAAAUCUUAUGUUGCCAAUUUCUUCUGCUCAUUGCUGCAUCACUGGUGCCUGCAGUUCCCACAUACCCUCUGCCAAUACCUAAUCAAGCUGUUUUACAAAUUGCAAUGUUAGGUGUCCUUGGUUUGUCUGAUCUGAUAGUCACAUUUUCACACCUGGGUUAAACAGUAUUCAUUGGCUGAAUUUGUCAGCUGAUGGCUAUCAGCUAGUUAAUUCCAUUUAAACUUGGUAUGAGAUGGUAUGAUGAUGCUGAAGUUUAAGCCUCUGAUUUUAUCAGAUUAACUCAGACUGGAAGAAACAUGGGUAACUAUUAUGGUAAGAUAAAUGUUAAAUCAUUUGUAAAAUAUUUGACAAAUUACUGGUGAAUAGCACAAGUGCAAUGAAGUUUUUUUGUUUUUUUUGUUUUUUUUUAUGCGGACUUGUCACUUUCAUUGCAUGUUUUGCAAAAAUCCUCAAAGGGACAUAGGGGACGUGUGUACUUUUUAUGCAGUGGCCGGGAGAGAACGAUAGUAGAGUAUGUGCAAAUUUCCCUUCUGGGUGUUGUCAUCUUCUCUACCAAGGUCUUUCCUCAGCUCCUCAUGUUUCAUCUUCCAGGAGCCUUCUUGGUUGUGCAUUCUGAAGAGUACAACACUGUGAACUGUAGAUGACACUGUGGAAACUUAAUUUUAAAUUGAAACUAUCACUUCUCUGGAAUUGAUGCAAUUAAAGAGUUAGUUCAAGCAUCAUAACCACUACAGCCCACUGUAGUAAUGGGGCAAACCGUUAUGUAUUGGUUUGCCCUCUUGCCUGUUCCUGCCUAGCGCCAGGGUCCUCUCUUGCUGGCAUGUGGUACCUAAAGAACUCAUAAAUAUAAUUCUGCGCAUAGAUAUAUGUACAGAAUUGACAUUCGCCUGCCCCUUGUUCUGGGUUGGCUAAUGAUGCCUUAGUGACAAUGUUGGAAGUGGAGUUACACUUCUGAAAUAGACUGCCUGCAAGGGGAAUAUAUCUAUCCCGUCCCUCUCACCUCCCUCCUUUGCAUACAUUUAUUUUACCGGCCCACAGUGCACGCAUGUGCUGUGAGAUGGCAAACUAUUCCACCAAUCACAGGCUUCUCUAGCAACUGGUUGGGCCACAUGAGGCCCCUGUGACAUUGGAAGUAAAAAGUAAGUUAUAAGUAAUUCUGUUUUUAGGCAGGUUGCAGGGCAAAUGGCAAGUGAGGACCUUAUCCAUAGUGCCAAAUAGAGCAUAUUAUACAGUAAAGACCCUCCGUUCUCAAAAGGUAAGGAGUAACUCUUUAAUUUGUGCUUUCUCUAUUUUGACUUCGAAGUGGAAAGGACUGGUUUAUAACAAUGAUUGAAAGGAAGUUAAGAUGGAGAUGCCUAUUUGCCGGAUAAGGAGUUGUGGAUUCCUACAUUACCAUGCCUGUAAUGUAAGGAAUUGUUGAUUCCUGGGUUACCAUGCCUGCCAACAUUCCUAAUUUCGUCCAACGUCCUGUUUUCUGGAUCCUAUCCCGACGUUUUACUCUGUUGUCCCGCUUUUGGGCCACCUGAUGAACUACCUUCAAAAAGCACAGCUUGGUCCCUAGAUGCGCCCUGCUCAGAGCAUUGAAACAGUGCUCGCUGCAUGGGCUGCCAUUAAUGGGCUGGCCUGGUUGAUUGAUAGGCAGCUUAUCAGGAUGACCAGCCAACAAUCUGGGUGGACCCAUCCCCUUUUCAAGCUGGCUCUGCCAACUUUAGGUUGUGCCAGUGACAUAUAUAUGUUAGACUAGGAAAAUCUGAAUCUGAUAGCAAGACAGGAUACUUGUAUUAAACCUGUUAAAAGCUGAAUAAUCAUAUAAAUAUAUAUCAAAUACAUAGUUAAGAUAUUACAAAAUUAUUUUUGAAACCUGCAUGCUAAAAUAAAACUGUUUGAAUGUAGAUGUAUCAGAUUUUUAACAGAUCUGGUAAAGAGCCUCCUGCUUGAAACACUUUAGUAGUUAUAGCUCCUACACUGAAAUAUCAAUACCUGCCAUAGACAUAGUUAGUCUUACCCAUCUGGCUAAAGAUGUAGAGGAGACAGGCAGAAAAGGUUUAUGAAAAGAGAUUAGCAAUUGAGAGAAAUUAGAAUUUCUUAUAGAUGAGGUUUUAAGCUCAUAUGUUUAAAGACAAUUGACAACACAUAGAAGAGGAUGGCCAGAAAAAGAAUAGAACACAGAGCAAGAUUAGUUUUGGUACGUCUAACAAUAGAGAAAUUAACACCAUCAGGAGUAUAUUGUCUAUUAUUUAGGUCUAAAGCCUUAACGUCAAACUCUUUUAAAUUAAAUGAGGCAUAGUAAUUGUCAAGACUCCAUUAAGACACAACACGCAGAAUGUAAUAGAAAAAUGUAUACCAGACCUUAGAGUGGCUGGACUCUACUUUAGACCGCUAGAGAAUAGUCAAGAACAGGCCUGGGGCGAGGGAGCCAGAAAUCACAAAAAUGAGGUAUACAAGCCAAGUCAGGAAACCAGAUAUUCGGAUAGUCGAAGUACGUGAGCCGAGUCAAGAUAGGAGAAUGGAGAGCAGUCAGGAUAGCUGAAGUCAAAAUACCAAAUGGAACAACCAGAUGUAAAGCACUAUUGGGAACUAACAAAAGAAGCACAACAAGGCAAACUCCUAUGUGUGAACCGGCCCUUUUCCCUUCAGAUUAGAUGCAGUGCUUUACAGCUGGGAUUUCAUCACCUGGAGGGAAAAAACAGGCAGGCAAUCUCCCAAACUUUUCAAGAACCUCCCCCCACUUAACCUUUGGCCUUAUAAAUGGCUUCCUACCCAAGACAUUCCCAGUUCUUUGCCUGCAUCCGGCAGAGGAGGGUGUCAGGUUCAGGUUUUCUCCCUAGAAGUAUGGUGAGAGGGCUGAGUCUCUGGAGGCUCUACUUUUAAAUAAAUUUUUCAGCCAUCAGCCAGGGAUAACACACCAGACGGCUGUAUCUCCCCGGGUUGUAUUACUUCUGUCUAUACCGAGCCAGGUGCGCAUUUGGGCACUAGCUGGGAAGUCCUGGCGGUGGAACACUCGUACAGGUUACGUUUAUUUCCACCGUUGAAUUGCAAAAUGCAGGACAUGCGUAAUGCGAUUUAAAAUUCAGGCGCCAAUAUCUCUAUUAUUUUUUUUUUCUCUCCGGGGUCAAGAUAUUGGUUUCCAGGACUUAGAGAGGCUGUUUACCCAGCAGCAACUAACUGUUGCCAGGUACACUCAAAAUCUGUUGCAAGUGUGUCCUCACCAACCUCCAACACACUCUGCGGUCAUUUAAGGUAAGCCUUUUUGCUUUAUCUUAAAUGACUCUAGCCUGAAUAAGUUAAUUAUCUAUGCUGCAAGAUGGAUAAGCUAAAAAAGUUGGAGAGGUUUUAGCUUCUCAUCACUUAAAUAUUACUAAAAUCUUAAAACAAAUAGUGCUUCGAAAGGGUAAGCACUUAGUAGAUCGGGCCCAAAAUAGAUUAUUCUUUGAGUAAAGCCUAUAAAGGGUAUUAGAUAGAAUUAUGUAAAAGUAUAUGCUAUUUGGAAAAUGUAAGUUUCCUUUCUGGCUCAAAAUAGCUGCUACACAGUGAUUAGUUAAUAUGGGUUUCAACAAUCACUAAUUCCUGCAACAGGGUCAGCUAUUAAAGUGAAGUGUUUGGUGGAAUAUAUUCACAAGAGCAAGAGCCGUGUGACUAUUGGAGGGUUAUCCUUAGGAGGCUGAUAUUUAAAAUCUGGUUUUGGUUAAGUUAAAAUACUGUUGUAAUAGAUGGAUUCUUUAAAUGCCAGAAUCCUAGCCGCAGUGUUGAUUUUCUUAAAGGACCACUCUAGGCACCCAGACCACUUCAGCUUAAUGAAGUGGUCUGGGUGCCAGGUCCAGCUAGGGUUAACCUUUUUUCAUAAUUAUAGCAGUUUCAGAGCUGCUAUAUGAUUAUGAAUGGAAUUAAGCCUUCCCCCAAAACCUCUAGUGGCUGUCUCAUUGACCCACUAGAGCGCUUAGUACUUCUCACUGUGAUUUUCACAGUGAGAGCCUAGCGUCUAUAGGUGAAAAUGCUUUCCUAUGCGAUGAGCGCUGGCGUGCGCAUUCAGCGGCGAGAGGAGGAGAGCUCUCCGCCCAGCGCUGGAAAAAGAUAAGUUUAAACCCCUUUCCCCCUUCCAGAGCCGGGCGGGAGGGGGUCCCUGAGGGUGGGGGCACCCUCAGGGCACUAUAGUGCCAGGAAAACGAGUAUGUUUUCCUGGCACUAUAGUGGUCCUUUAAACAUGCAGUAGGCUUUUAGCAAUUGCAGUAGACAAAGCUCUGUUGCAAUUAGCAUUCUCACCACCUCAACUAGUUUCAGCUGAUAUCAGUUUCUAAAAAGGCAGUCUGUUUUUCAGCUGGGGCAGAACUUUUCCUGUACUUCACUCCAUGGUUGCACAUUUUAAGUUUUAUCUUAAAUUCCAAGUCCUAUGUUGUCAGAUAGGUUUGAGCUAACUGACUGUUGCAAUGGAAAUUUUAAAGAAAAUGCUUCCUAAUAUUGUUUCCUGCAGAGUUUGCAUCAAACAGGUUUUGAAAUGCAGUUGCAGCUAUUCUGUCUGCUCUAGCCUCUGCUUCCCAAAUACGGCUAAGGAAAGACUCUAUCAGGUAGGGCUGAUGGUUGGAAUUGAAAAUUUAUGAUUGCUUACUAAUAUUGGUUCCUGCAGAGUCUGCAUCAAACAGGUUUUGAAAUGCAGUUUGCAGAUAUUCUUUCUGCUCCAGCCUCUGCUUCCCAAUUACGGCUAAGGAAGGCCUGGAUCAUGGGUAUUGUCUUAUGCAGACUGUAUAUCUAUGUAAUCAGUCUCGCUUCCGCCAUUAAAGAUGGUAAAGAUGUAUGAACUAGUCUCCGUGGAAAAUGAUUUCUUCCUCAUGUUAUUGGGCUUGAAGCAAAUUCUAGUACAGCUGCAAACCUAUUGAUCAAGGUGUAGUUCCACCAGGUUCAAUUUGUUCCAUGCACUGACAUAGAUACGAUAUGACUGGGAUGGUUUACUGCCUAGGUUUGUCUGCAGUUUUCUUUUAAGAAAAAGCUUAUGGCAAUUGCCACUUGAAAUUUUCUCACUAUGCAAAAUGUUGCCAUCCAUAAAUGUGUUGAAUCUCUACAAUACUGCUUCCUCAGGGGCACUUAAUUAUUUUUUGUGCACCAGCCCCUAAAGAUUAGGGUGUUUCUACAGCAUACAGGUGGAUGUUAUCAAUCUUCUGAUAAAGAAUUCCCUUUUCAAGAAGUGUGCAGUUCUGGUGUUUGUCAAGCAACAGUUCAGGUGUAAAUAUUUUGACAAGGGUUUUUGACUCUCGGAGAAAGGUAAUUCCCUGAAGAGAAAAUUUGUGGUUCUCUCUGUCCUUAUCACCUGAAAUCUCUCUUCUACUUCAGUAGACCAGAUACUAGGGAAAUAAUAUUGGUUCCCGUCUUGUAAGAACCUGCUUGGUCUCUUCAGCUUCUUUAGGCAUAGCACUGUUUACAGGUCCUUCAGAGGCCAGAUACAGUUGCUGAUAAGAUUUUGCAGUAAAAUCCUAUACUUCGGUCAUUCCUUUCUGAACCAGGCAGAAAUAAAGGAUGCCAGACGGUUCUUACUUUUUUUUUCUAGUUCUCAAAUCGAUCGUUCAGAAUUUUAUGACUGAUGCUUUAGGUCUCAGCUAGGUUCUCAUAGGGUUGAAGGGAAAUUAGCUGAGAUAAUUUGUAAAAACUUAGCCUUCUGUCCUAUGUAGUUGGAUAUCUGGCUAGCUCGCUCUUCCUUUCAGAUAAAGAACAGGUAUUAUCUUAUCCAGAUGAGGUCAGAUAGUUCUACAUCGGUAGUAAUUAUGUACAAACAAGGUCAUCUUGUUUGAAAAAUCUAGUUCCAGGAUAUGCUUGGGUUAGUUUUUCUUAGGUCUAUUCACUUAUGCAUAGAACUUAAUAUUCCUCUGUUUAGCUGUAGCAUUGAGUAGUCAACAUUUAAUACAAAGCAGAUUGGUUCAUACUCAAACAAUAGAAAGAUUUUGAUUAUCCAGUUAUGGAACUGGGACUUCUAGAUCAAACCGAUAACAUGAAGUGUUUCAUUGGACAAACUUGGACAGACCAGUAAGCUUUGGUUUCCUUUUCUUUCUUGGGAAUUCCAGUCUAACCUAUAGUUUCCUCCUGGUUCCCUAUUCCCCAAGAUCCUAUAGGAUGGAAAAGGUGAGAAUUAUAGUCACCCUCCCUUGGUGGCAAGUACCUGUUUCACCGUUCAUCAAAAAUUAUCCGGAGGAAUCUUUGGGGAUCUUACCUGUAAAUAGGCAUCCUGGAAUUCUCAAGGGUACCGCUUCUCAAAUUUGUUGUAAUUCAAACUGACGACCUGGUUUAUGUAUACCAGAUACUGAAGGAUAAUGUUUUUUGUCUCAGGAAAUUAUUGACAAUUUCUUUUACUAUAAAUGGAUCUUGUUCCAAGAUUUAUUUCAUGUAUGGAAGGUGUUUUUUUUUCUUUGUUUGUUUUUCCAGAUAUUGGUUCAUAGAAAAGCAGGCAUCCGCUUUCAAGUUUUAACCUCCUUUUUUUUUUUUUUCUGAUGGGCUUUGCGGAUGGUUUAAAGCCAGAGAUCCUCAAGGUCAAAUUUUGGUUAUCAGUUGAUUUUCAGAGGUUUGUCUCCAAAUCACCAGUAUCUGCUAGGCUCUUUCGUGGUUAGUUCCUAUCUUCAGGGAAUCUUUUCCGCAUGGGAUCUUCUUUCGGGUUUUUUUUUUUUUUUUUAACUUUGCUGAUUUGAGUCUUCACUCUAGGUCUUUGUGGGCAGUCGCCCAAAAUAUUUUUGGGAAGAACUUCAAGUUUCCAUUUUCAGCAGGAGAAAGUGGAGUUAAGUUGGAUUCUUUAAUUCUUCUCACUCUUCCAUCUAACAUUAGUUUUCUAACGUUUCCCAACAGCAUUUAGUUCUCGUCUACGUUACCCUAAAGGUCUGCAUUCGUUUGGGUUUUUCUUAUCUUACACCGAUCUCCAUUGAAGCUCCUUCGAUCACAGUUAUGUUCAGAUCAGUUGCCUGAGGGCUUCUGCUAUACAUUCUCUCGAUUUCCUAACAGCCUAGAGGUGAUCUCUUCACUCAGUUUGGUCUGUUGAUCUUGGAAGAUACAACUUUGGUUGCAGGUUUUUUGAAGUGAGAAUUGAGUCCCGCCCUAAGGGAUUGAAGGGAAAAACAAAAUUUUUUACUUACCGUAAAUUUAUUUUUCAAGAAGAUUAGAGGCAAUGUUUACUCUUACCCCCCUCCCCCCCCAAAUUUGUUCAUAGUCUGAGUGGUACGGUUAUUCGGCUUUUGUGAUUUCUGGGGAUGUCUUGGGUAGGUAGCAAUUUAUGAGGUCAAAGGUUAAUUGGGGGAAGUUCUUGAAAAGUUUGGGAGAUUGCCUGCCUGUUUUUUUUUUUUUUCCCCUCCAGGUGAGGAAAUCCCAGUUGUAAAGCACUGCCUCUAAUCUUCUGGAAAAAUAAAUUUACAGUAAGUAAAAUUUUUUGUUUUAUAGGCUGGCUCUUUAAAUUGGAAGCCAAGCCCCCAAAACGGUCGAUCCUGACAUUUUGACGGGCCAUGAUGUCAUUAGGGUCGUGCCGCGUCCUAUGAGGGCGGAGCUACAGCGGCCGGCGUUGGAACCGCUGGAGUGGAGACUGGAAGCAGGAACACGGACAGAAAUUUGAGUGAGCAUGACAGUAAUGUGUUAAGCUUAAAGGGACACUAUAGUCACCAGAACAACUACAGCUUAUUACAUUUAUUCUGGUGAGUAGAAUCAUUCCCUUCAGGCUUUUUGCUGUAAACACUCUCAUUUCAGAUAGGUGCUAGAGCUGCUUCCUAUCUCAGUCUUACCUAGUGUGCCUCACAACAUAUCAGUGUCUUCUCCCUCUGCAUGCAGACACAAUUUAUCUCUGAGGAGAUGCCGAUUGGCCAGGGCUGUGUUUGACUUGUGAUGGGUCUGCCCCUGAUCUGCCUCCUUCACAGUCUCAGCCUAUUUUAUGGGGAGGCAUUAUGAUUGGCUCAGAACAGCACUUCUGAUGAUGUCAGCAGACAACUUGCUAUUCUGAGCCAGACAGGGGCAGAGCCAGCAGCUUCAGGCUUGAAUAAAAGUAUAUUUUUACUAUAUUUAAGGAGACAAGAGAGGGCCAGGGGGGCUAGUGGUGGUCUUAACACUAUAGGGUCAGAAAUAUGUUUGUGUUCCUGACUCUAUAGUGCUCCUUUUAAACGAAAGCAAUUUUAAGGAUAAUUUGUUAUUGUUAACCCACGAUUCUAUUAACUGGAGUACCAGAGUAACAUCCCAAGUAGAAUAUUUAGGGCAUGGACGACGCUUAAAUCUGAUACCCUUCAUACAUCUGCAGACUAAGGGAUGUUUGCCUACAGGGAAAAAUUCAGUAGGGUUAUGAUUUGCUGCGAUAGCUGAUCUAUAGACAUUAAUAGUGCGAUAAGCUUUGCUUGAGUCAAAUGAGUCUGACAAAAAAUUUAGAAUGUUUGCCAAAUCUGAAUGUAUGCGAUCCAUGGCCCAUUCCAUGCACCAAUUAAGCCAAAUUUUCCAGGCUGCUCUGUAAUUUGCACGGGUACUUGGUGCCCAUGCUUCUGAGAGAAUGUCUCUAGUUGAGUUUGAAAAUUCACUACGAGAUUUGUAUGACCUGAGAUUAGAGAUGCUAUUAAAGGUAGUUGGCCUGAUAUUACUAGAGGAUGAAGAUUUCAAUCCGGAUCGCGAAGAACAUCGCAACGUAUCUGUAUGAGUCGUGGGUAAUCAGCAUGUCAAAAGGGGGUUAUUAACACUAGGGUUGAUUUCUGAGACUAUGCUUUCAGAGUACCCGAGAUAUCAUUGCAAAUGAGGGAAAAUGCAUAAUUGACUCCGUCUGUUCAGCACUGGAGAAAUGCAUCUUGAUCUGCUGUCUCUGGAUCCGGACGCCAACUGAAAAAUGUUUCCAAUUGGCGAAUGUCGUGAUGCAAAGGUCGUAUUGAAAAGGACCCCACAAGGAAAGUAGUCAUUGGAAGAUGCUGGCAUCCAACACCCAGUUGCUGUAAUCCACCAGGAAAUGGGAAUUCCAAUCUGCUACUGUAUUGGAAAGGCUGGGAAGAUAUUCUGCUCGUAAAACUGUUUAGAUCAAAGCAAAAAAAUCUUUGGCAAUGUCCGUCAGUUGCUUGAAUUUUGUACCUUGUAAGCAAUUUUGUGCAAUGGACUGCUGAUAUGUUGUCCAUCUUGAGAAGAAUACAACAAUGGGAUAUUUAUUUAGCAAAGCUGCGUAGAGCGAAAAAAAUCCAGGCAGUUUAUAUGCAUUCUCUUCUAGAGACCAUUUGCCUCCCGUUGAAUUACUCCCGCAACGGGCUCCCCAGCUUGCUCGACUCGCGUUGGAUUCUAUAAUCAGAUCUAGGAAUGAAGUGCUGAUGGCUUUCCCGUUCCAAAUUUGAACGUGAUCUAACCACCAGAAUAGUUCUGUUCUUGUCUCUGGAGUCAGAGAUCUCGUCUGAAUAAAGGAGACCAUUGUGUAGAUGUUCUAUUUUUAAACUUUGAAGAGCCCAAUAAUGAAGGAAGCUGGAAAAGUCGCUUGAAUCUAGGCUGUUAAAAGACCUACAAUCCAUGCCAGAGAUCUGAUGGAAAUGAAUAACUUGUUCAGAACUGACCUGAUCUCUUUCCGAAUCGUUUUCAAUUUCCAUGAUGGAAAACUGAGAGUGGCUAAAUUGGAAUUCACUAGAAAUCCCAAAAAUUCUAUCUCUUGAGAGGGAGUUAAAAUCGAUUUCUCGUAAUGUAUUAUAAGCCAAGGCUUGUUAACAGAUUCAAUGUCCAUUGACACACUCUGUGACAUAAAUAUGUUGUCUAGAUAGUCAUUCUCACUCCCCUGCUUCGAAGUAGGCAUAAUACUGGUUUGAGCAAUUUGGUGAAACACUACAGAGGAUAAGUCAAAUGGCAAUGAUUUGAAUUGCCAUUUCUUCUCUUCCCAUAUGAAUUGUAAAUAAUUCUGACAUGAAUAGCGAAUAGGUACUGUGAGGUAUGGAUCCUUCAAACUUAUUUUGAUCAACCAGUCGUUGAGUAUCAAUAUGUCUCUGAGAUAAUAAAAUCCCUUCAUUUAGAAAUGGUGGUAUCUGACAAAAUUGUUUAAAUAUUUUAAAUUUAUGACUGGUCUGUGACUGCCCCCAAACCAUUCUAGGGGGAAAAAAAGGGGAAUUGUCGUACGUACUGGAUGAAGAUCUGAAGCGAGACAUUCCCUGGUGGCAUCUUGAUCUCCAAGAUCUGCCACGUAGCUGGAAGAAUGGGGUUGUUGGGUGUCAUAUGAGGGCCUGGUGGGCUGGAAGGUGCACCUUGGAACCUGUCUAUGUUGAAAAAAGCGACUGCAAGAGCGAUUCCUGAAUACUUUCAGAGAUGACUGAGCCUUAUCAAGGGAGCUAAAUAAAUUGACAUAUUUAUUAAUGUCUUUAAUAAAGGAUUCUCUGAAUAGGAGACCUUCAGCAGCUGAUCCAGGUUCAGAAGUGGCUAAAUUCAACAACUGAGGGUAAAUUUUCAUUAAAAUAGACCUGCGGCGUUUGCUGGUCAGAGCUGCGUUAGCAUUCCCCAAGAAGCAUACAAUGCGUUGUGUGCAACCUCUGAAUAUAUCAAUGCUGGGAGGAAUUCCAGAAGCUGCAGCUUGUUCUAAAGUCUCAAACAUUUUGCCACAGGACCAGAUAUGCCCAUUAAUUUAUCUUGACAAUAUUUUAGUGAUGUGGCAAGUCCUUUACUUGGGUUCUUCCCUAAUUUUGUGAAAGAUUGCACAAUAGUGAGAUCUUGAUCAGGGAACUGUGCGACUUUCUUAGACAGAGUCGGUCUAGGGGAUUCAACUCUUAGCUUAUUUCUAGCCGCUUGGUCAAGGGGUUUCCUCAACCAGCGUCAAAGAUAUUUGGCUACAUGAGCCGUAGGGACCCAUUUGGCUGACCUAGGGUGCUUGAUGGGGUCUGGGUCAAAUAAUGGUUUCCCAUUAACAUCCAUUAUAAUAUUCUCUUCAUCUCUUCAGAUUUAGAGAGAAGCUCAUGUGCCUCUGAAACAAAUAAAUAAUUCAAGGCAGAAUCAGAUUCAUAUUUGUCAUCAUUUGAGAAAGUUUUAUAGGAGUCGGGUUUGCUCCUGUGAAUGGCCUUCUGAGAACGUCUGUCUUCCUCACGAGCAGACGUUCUUUUGAGUGAUUGUACUCUUCAGUUUUGCGUGAGACAUGCAUUUUGUUUUGGUAUUGGUCCUUCCCUCACCUUAUAUGACUUAGAACAGCCAGGAAAUUCUAAAGGACCGUCAAAGCAGUGUUUGCGUUUCUGGGUGGCAUUCCCAGAUCUCCUGAAUCACUGAGCUAAAUUCCGUUCUGACUCCACAGGUGACUGAAGGAGCAUUAAUUGAGUCUUGUCACUAGGUUUUGAAUUGCUUAUGGCCUGGGCCACAGACUUUGCAAUUGCUUAUUGCAUGGAAGACAACGCAGAAUAAAUUGCAGAUGAAACUGAUUUGUGAACAGAUAAGUCUAUAUAAUAUUUUGUAAAGAAUCCUCAGUGAGGAUUUCAGUAAUGAGUAGCACCAGGUUUUGGUGACUGAGAAGGAGUUUGUCUAAUUUCUUUAGAAUUAAUUGUUCAAUAUUGCAACAAAUUGUCAUUUGUAAUUGCUAUUAGUAAAAUAAUGUUGCAAAAGAUUAGGUAAAACCCUGACAGGAAAGUAAUAAUAAUUUCAAAGUUAUAAUAAGUACCAAUAAAGUUGUGGAGAAACGCUGUGCUGAGGUAAAGUGUGCAGGAAAGUAAGCUGAGAACCAACGAACUGGAAUUCCCGCCCAUAACGCCCUCAGUCUAUGAGGGACUAACUGAAAUCACUUGUGCAGCGGUUCACAUGAAAAACUGCUGAAUUAAACUGAACCGUGAAAUACACGUUCGUACAAAAAAAAAAAAAACGCAGUGUGUGGCCCAUAAUUAACGAAUAAAAAAAAAAACAAUUGGCCGCAGUUUGCGAGAAAUCUACCGAAUGCGAGUCAUUCGAAAUAACUGAAUAGUAACAAUUUGUGUGAAAACUACUGGAUGCACCGCAAACUCAAUUCAGAUGAAAAAGCACGAAUGCUAGUGUAUAUAAACCAAAUAUAUUUAAACCAAAAAAUAUGAAAAGAUCUAAAACUGGGGGCGUAGCCAAGCUAGCAAGCUGACAAGUCGUGCCUCUCAUGAGCUCCUGCUGUAUGGGCCACACACUCGACGACUACUUGGGCUACAGUGUUGGAAACCCCACAUAAUGUAACUACAUGGAUGGGGAAGCCUGUAGGUACCCGUGGAUACCAAAAUCGACGCCCGAAACAACCGGGAAUGCUGCAUUUCGAGGCCUAGAGGAGGCAGCGGAGGGGAGGGACGGCCGCUUUCCUUGUUCUGCUGCUAACCAUAAGCGAGCAACCCCCAUCCAACAUCUCCCACUACUCAAGGAGACGUCGUCGUUCCUGUGACCGCACAAUCCUCUUCCGAGCUGGGAGCUCACAUGGAGGUAACUCUUCAACACCACCCAUACACCGAGGGAGGCUGCCGAGACCCGGUGGAACCUUGGGCCCACGACCCUGAUGAUGGGGGUCAAUGGACAUGUGGUAAGGGCACCCGCUAAGGCCCCGGGCCAAAGAUACACGGCACCCAAGCGACGGGAACCCAGGAGGUGCAAGGGAAGAAUCGCAGCACGGAUGAUCUGAGCAGACAUGUAAGAGAAGCAGGGCAGACCCCAAAUCGUAUGUGGGAUCGAGGAGGUUUCCCCCCACAACCCGAUGGACUAGCUUCCAUAUAUUAUAGCACCAUCACACCCUGUGGUGUAGACUGAACACUCUUGAGGACUAUUGCAAUGCUCAUUACCCUGGUUUAUGGCAAGUAAUUGAAAUGUCACAUUGACACUCCUAGAGAGUUUUAGGGCAUUGCUAUAAAUUGAUACAUAUACACACACCUUAGUCUUAAAAGAGGAAUAAUUGUCUUAACACAGAUUACUCUAACUACUACUGCUAUAUUGCAACCUAGAAUGUGGGCUGUGGACCAACUGGGCUUAGCGAACUUGCUUACACACCCAGUGGCAUUCUCAACAGAGCAAGACGUGGGCAGUUGAGCCAUAGCGUAUUUACACAUGGCAUAUGUGAUUGGUUGACAUGUUAGACCUACCUACCCUAUAAUCUACCUGGUCCCCUUGACAGUUAACCCUCCGAUACCUAAGGGCUGGGCACACCAGCAUAACCAGUUACACUAACCUGUAUAGUACUCUGACAGGGGCCUGGCUUGUUAUCGCUAACCUAAUGUCAGACUCUGUAGAACUAGCAAAAAUUAAGUCAUGCCGUACUAAGUGAAAUGUUCUCUUAAUCUCGGGGGCAGAACACCCACCAUAUGUGCGACCCCAGGCUCAAUUGCCCUUACUAACUGUAACCAAGCUGUAUCUACCUGUUUUAAAAAUGCAUAAUAAUACUCAGUUGAAACUUGUAAAAUAGAGGCUCUUAUUCGCAGGAGUUCCAGCAGUGACUUUGCUAUCUUUAUGUUUUACACACGAUGUGAUGUAUGUGCACUAACUCCUUGCUUUACUUUCUGUACUGUUAAAAAUGGAUAAUAAUACUCAGUUGAAACUUGUAAAAAAGAGGAUGUUUUUCGAAGGAGUUCCAGCAGUGAUAUUGCUAUCUUAAUGUUUUACAUACCAUGUGAAUUGUGUGCGCUAACUCCUUGCUUUUCUUUCUGUAUUGUUUUACUUUAUCCCUCAAUAAAGAUUGACAUUAAAAAUAAAUAAUAUAUAUAUAUAUAUCUCUACUUCAGAAAAUAUAAAGGAAUAAAUAUAUAUACAAAUAUAUUUAACCAAACCAGAAGGUAAUCAUAUAGAAAAUAGUGGCAUAAGUGAGUAUAUGAUGCUUCUAUCUACUGGAGCAGCAAAGAAAGCGGGAAAAUAAUUUACAGAUUUUACUAUUAACAUGAUAUUAUUAAUGACACGGAGGUGAGUAUUAUGUUGCACUCUUCUUUAUUUUUGGUUUGACAAAGUAGAUGGUAAUCAUGAAAGCAGUUACAUUUAUGUACAUGACAGCGCAGUCAUACAUUAGCAUAUAGAAUGCAAGUGACAGUUGUCAGUUUAGGCAUAUCAUAUACAUCAAGUUUUCUGUGGGUGACUUCGUCUGAAUUUUUGGUAUAGGUGGCAAGCAGUGUUAACUACGUACAAUAGCUUUGCUGUGAAGGGUUAGGCUUAUAGAGUGGAGUGUCAGUCUCGCCGCUUCCUGGGGUAUGCGACUGCGCCCUCCCUCCCUUCUACGCACCACAAAACGCUGAUGUGCUUUUAUCUGCCUUUCCCCUUCUGCCUACUUACAGGUCUGGGGUGCCUGCCUACAAGAGAGAGAUAGAAAGGAAAGUAAAGAGUUGGAGACAAGUACCUGCGUGUUUAGCUAUAUCAGUUUGAUAUGGUUACCGAGUGAACUACCGACGGGGGUAGUCAGUUCCCUUAAGUUGUGUUUUAUGUGCUGGGCCCGGCCCCACCCUCGUCUAGCAGUGGUGCCUCUUCCGCCUGUCCGAGUGUUGAUGUGGUGGUUGGCGUUUGGUGGGCCCCCGCCCCGCCAAUUGAAAGUUGCGUGGAUGCUGCCCCGCGCCCCAAGUUGUUGUGCUAAGUAUCGUAUUGCUCCCACAGGUCCCAGACUUUUUGGAACUUAGUCAUGGUGUUUCGCACCUGAGAGGUCAAUUUAUCCAUUAUGUAAUUGUCUCGCAUUUUUGUCUUAACCAGGGAUAUAUGUGGGAGAUCUGGACAUGACCACUGUUGUGCUAGGGACCUUCGGGCCGCUAAAUCGAGCAUGUUAAGAAGUCUUUGCUCGUGUCUGGGGAGAUCCUUUGUGGGUCUUGAGAGCAGACAUGCCCAUGGGUCUAAUCCCAGUCGCCUUUCCAGGAUUUGGGAGCUAAGCUCCACAAUGUUACUCCAGUAGUCUGCGACCUUCAGGCAGCCCCACCACAUAUGUAUAUACGUGCCCCGCCCCCCGCACCCGUGCCAGCAGUCGUCUGUGGCACUUAGCCCCAUAUGUUUCUGUUUCACGGGGGUCAGGUACCAUCGAAAUAGUGUUUUAUACGAUUGCUCUUGGAGCGUCACACAUAUUGUGGUUUUGCUACAUGCUUCCCAUAUAUCCUGCCACUCCGUUCCCUCUAAUACCUCCCCCAGGUCGGCUUCCCACUGGUCGGUGUAUCGCAGCGUGUCCUCCUCGUUCGAGUUCCCAUUGAGGUGGUUGUAUAGUAGCGUAAUGAGUUUAGUUUGUGUUGUCUCAUUGUAACAUAGUUUUUCGAAGAAGGUUAGUGGUGUCAGAGCCGCCUUCCGUAUGUCAGGGUUUUGUGCAAAGUCAAGGAUCUGCAAGUACCUAAAGUAGUCUCUUGUUCGUAAGUUGGCUUUGGUGGCUAGGUGUUCGUAGGUGACUACAUUUUGGUUCACAUAUAGGUGUACGUAUCUUUGGAGUCCCGUGGCCUCUAUCCCCUUAUAGUCUCUCGCCUGCAUUCCGGGAGGGAAGGCCCUAUUCCUAAGGACUGGUGUCAUGGGGGACGGGUGGGAGCUGAGGGCGUAUUUCAUUUUGGUUUGGUCCCAAAUCUGUAUGGAGUUGAGUAUGGCUGGGUUCGCUGUUCUUAAUAUGGCUCUUUGCGCUUUGGGUGCCCAUAUUGAAAAUUGCGGGAGAUCCUGACCUGUCAUCAGCGACUCUAGAUCCACCCACCGUCUCCUGUCAGGAGGUGUGUGCCACUGUAUCACCUGUGUCAGCUGUGCAGCUAGAUAAUAGGUGUAGACAUUGGGUAGUCCCAGCCCCCCCCUGGGUUUCGGUCUGUACAUGAGGGCGCGCGCGAUUCUUGGGAGUUUGUUGUGCCAUAUGAAGGCAUCAAUCGCUCUUUGUAUUCCCGUCAGGUCCCUCCGUGUUACUCUUAUUGGGAGUGCUUGAAAGAGGAAUAGUAUCCUCGGAAGGUCAUUCAUUUUUAUAGAGUUUACUCUCCCCAGCCAUGAGAUGGGCCUGUCCGUCCACUGCUCUAGUUCUGCGAGAAGGGUCCGGAAUAGGGGUGUAUAGUUGUGGGCAAAUAGGGAGGAUGUGUUCGCUGUUAGCCGUAUCCCUAGAUACGUGAGUUCGUCAGUGGUUAUCUUGAAGUGAUACGUGUCGCGUAUGUGGGUGAGUUCCGGGGGCUCCAGGUGGAAGGGCAUUGCCUCGGACUUGGAGUAGUUAAUUUUGUACCCUGCUAUAUUACCAAAUCGCUCCAGUACGAGCGAUAAAUGGUGGAGAGAGUGUCUCGGCUCCCUGAGCGUCAGCAUGACAUCAUCGGCAUACGCCGAGACCGUGAAUGGUGUUCCCCCCCCCACCGUGACGCCCCUGAUGUGCGGGUGUUGCCUGAUAGCUUGUAGUAGUGGCUCCAAGGUUAAGGCGAAGAGCAGGGGGGAUAAUGGGAAAGGGUGAAGGGUGUUGCGCGUGCCCCUGUGAUGAGUAUUUGUGCCCUCAGAUCGGUGUAUAAUGCUCGUAUAGCUGUUACGAAGGUCUCCGGGAACCCCUGGAAUCGGAGUAAUUCAAAUAAAUAAGGCCAUAACACCCUAUCAAACGCCUUCUCCGCGUCUAGUGAGAGCGCCAGAGAAGGCGCCCCGGAUUCCCCCAUGUGCCAGAUUGUGCUGACCCCUCGUCUCGUGUUUUCAUACAAUUGGCGGCCUGGCAUAAAGCCCACCUGAUCUGGGUGGACCAAGCGCGGGAGCAGUACGUUGAGUCUGGACGCCAGGAUUUUGGCGACUAUUUUGAGGUCAGUGUUAAUAAGUGAGAUUGGCCUGUAGCUCGAGGCCAGUGUGUCGUCUUUCCCUGGUUUUGGUAGGAGGACAACAUUUGCUGUCGCCAUGUCGCCAUCAGGUGUCCCACCCUGCAGAAAAUGGUUGCUAAGGGUCGUCAGCUGGGGGGCUAAUACGUCUUUGAAUUGUUUGUAAUAGCUAAUGUCAUACACGUCCGGACCUGGUGCCCUAUUGCCUUUCAGGGAAGCUAUGGCUGCCUCCACCUCGAGUUGUGUGAUUGGUUCUUGUAGUGCUUCUGCUUCCGCCCCGAUCACCUUUGGGAUAGUGAGUUCAGAGAGAAAUUGGUGUAUGUCUGCAAUGUAGUCCGCAUUGGUGGCCCGGAGGCGGGGGGAAUGGUUGUAUAGUUCUGAGAAGUAGGAGGUGAACACUGCAUUAAUCUCGUCGGGCGUUUCGGCUAGUGUGUUAUCUGUUGUGCGUAUUUUUGUUAUGAUUUUGCCUUGCGGUCUCGGGCGGAGCGCCCUAGCCAAGAGUGUAUCUGUCUUAUUUGCUUUCUCGUAAAACAAGCGUUUGGACCAUAGGAUAGAGCGUGAUACCGCCUCCAAGGUGAGGUCCCUGAUAGAGUGUCUGAGGUUAUUGAGUUCCCUAAGGUUCAAGUCUGUCGGAUUCGUUUUGUGUUGUUGCUCUUUUUUACGUAGGGCAGACUGUAGGUCGAAUAGCUGUUUUGUUUUAGCCCGCUUUUUCUGUGUGGCUAGUUUAAUGAAGUGGCCGCGUAGUACUGCUUUAUGCGCUGCGCAGAUCGCGGUAGGGCUAGCUUCGGGGGUUGCGUUUAUCUCAAAGUAUUCUGUGAUGGCUUGUCGGGUUGUGGCUUGUGUUGUGUCGUCUCUUAAGAGGCUAGUAUUAAGCCUCCAAGACCAAUUGGACUUGUAACAUAGGUUGCCUAGUGUGAGUGUUAUGUCUGCGUGGUCUGACCACGUGAUGUUGUUAAUGUCUGUGUGGAGGACCUUGGCCAUCCCUGCUCCAUUGAGAAACAUGUUAUCUAUUCUAGAGUAGGUGUUAUGUGGUGCCGAGUAGUAAGUGUAAUCAGUCGUAGUUGGGUGUUGUAGGCGCCAGGCGUCUAGGAGGGCUGUGUGUGUCAGGAAUUUGGGUAGUUGCCUGUCUUGUCCCCCUCUGCCCUGUGAUCGCACCAUGCCUGGUUUAGAGCUCCUGUCAGCUGCCGGACUUGGCACCGCGUUGAAGUCACCUCCUACAAGGAGGACUCCCCCCCCCGUCCCCGCCACCAACACCUCCAGGUUCGUCCAGAACGCCUGGUCCGGCUCGUUGGGGGCAUAUACAUUGACGAUGUGUACUUUGGUGGUGUAGAGAGUGCCCCCUAUGUAUACAAAUCUCCCCUCUGGGUCAGUUUGGAUGGUCGUGACGUGCAGUGGACAACUCCUGCGCAGGAGUAUUGCCACCCCUGCCCGCUUUCGUUGUGAGCGCGCCUCGUACACCGUUGUAUAAGUCCUGUCCGUUAGUCUGGUGGCUGCCGACCUGGGGAGGUGAGUCUCCUGUAUCAGUGCUAUGUCUAUUUGCUUGGUCUUUAGGUCUCUUACCAGUAGUCGACGCUUGUUGGGCGAGUUGAGGCCCUUGACAUUGAAUGAGAGUACCUUAAGAGCCAUGCGGAGGCGCAGUCGGCGCAAUAAGCGUUGUAUGGUCUUCCGGGAACUGCGGAGGGCGGUGUGUGUGUGUGUGUUCGGUUGUGGGGCCCAGUCCCAGCGGCGCGGGCAGCAUCCAGGCAGGGUAGUUGGGUUGAAGAUUAGUACUUGUCUUAAGAAAUAGUAUAAGAGAGAAGAAGAAAUGUUGAGUAUCUAAAAACAUACAUAUACAUAAGAGAUAAACAUUUAAUAACCAUCUGGUCUUAACCUGUGCCAGAUUUAAGUGGGGGUGUUCACCCCCUCCGAGUGACGUGUGGAAUGCCAUCUCUUGGAGUUGGUGAGUGCCCCGCGCCUGUCCACUGCGCUGUGUUUAGCAACCGUUUUUGUGCUAUAGCCCUUGGUCUAGGGCACACCGCUGGUGCCGAGAAGUUAGCGUGCUCUCUGUCGCGUCUGUACUAAGUUUCUAGUUCGUCCAAUGGCGCAGGAUGUUCGCUAUGAUGUAGUCCCCCAGUUCGUCCAAGUCGUGUAUGCGUCGGUGGAAUGUGGGAGAGCUACGUGUGGCCUUCACCAUGCUACCAGCGGGUGUGGUGGGUCUGAGCUUAGUUUCCCCGUCUAGUGUACGUGGGUGCUAUCUUGUCAUUGGUGAUGCCGUCAGGGGUACCUUUCCCGAAAAGAGGUGUGGUAUGUGGUGAUUACAUUCGUGGGUUGUCAGUACGUCAGCCCGCCUUUCCCCCCCGCCCCCUUCCCCCCCCACCUUAUAACGAGUAGCUGCAGAUGAAAGUUCGGUGCGGUAUAUCUUGGUGUGUCUCCUUCAGAGUGUGCGAACACUGUGUGUUUUAGUCCCCCCCAAGGUCUACCUGGCCUCUUUGGCCUCGUGUUGUCGGACGGUUCGUGUGGUGUGCCGUGUGUCAGCCAGCACUACCUCCCCUCCUUCCCCCCAGAACAUGCCCCUGUCAUCUCCUGCUUGAGGUAUAAAGCAUGUAGUAAGGUACAUAAAAGGGUAAAGGCUGCGCCCCUAGAGGCGGAGCAGAGUUCAGCCUGACAUAGCCUGGGAAGUGCAUUUAAGGACUAGCGGUCCCUGUGCGUUGGGUCCCUCCUUCCCCCCAUAACAUGCCCCUGUCAUCUCCUGCUUGAGGUAUAAAGCAUGUAGUAAGGUACAUAAAAGGGUAAAGGCUGCGCCUCUAGAGGCGGAGCAGAGUUCAGCCCGACAUAGCCUGGGAAGUGCAUUUAGGAAGUAGCGGUCCCUGUGCGUUGGGUCCCUCAGGGCCCCGUCCAUACCUGAGGGGCUGGAGGAAGAGAAAAAAAAAAGUAAAAAUUUUUUCCCAGGUAAAAAAUUAUGGUUGUCCCUUGGGUGAGCUUAUCUGUCCGGCGUGUGGAGCUUGCUGUCUUGAGCCUUGCGGCCGUUUAGUCCUGCUGCUGGUUUCAGGCCUCUCUCUCCGCUUGUGCUGUGACUGUGUACCAGUCCCUUGGGAGGGGUGUGAGAGCCGGUCGAGCCGGUCCCGGUAGAGCGAGCUCUCGUGGCGGUGCGAUGUCCAGAUCUCGGAGGAAUUUUCGUGGGUCUCCUCCCGGUACGUAAGUGAUUGUCUUCCCCGCUUUGAAGGCCACAAUUUUAAAGGGGUGGCCCCAGGUGAAGCGGAUUUCAUUUUGCCGUAAUAGAUCCGUCAGUGGCCUCCACUCCCUGCUUCUUUGCAGCGUGCUCGGGUCCAAGUCCUGGAAUAGAGAUAUGGAUUUGCCCUUAUAGGUGAAGUCUUGGUGUCUAUUGUGUCUCAAUAGAGCUUCCUUAGUUGAAAAGUAAUGGAAGCAUAUUAUUAUGUCCCGGGGCGCGUCUGCGUUCGGGCGCCGGGCGCGCAGAGCCCUGUGUGCCCGGUCCAUCGCCCAUUGGGCCUUGGGUAUUUCUGGUAGCAGUUUGCUAAAGUAUGCCUCCAUAAUGGGUGCCAAGGGGCCUUCCUGUGCUGCUUCCGGCCAUCCCCUGACUCUAAGUUUGUUUCGCCUGGUGCGAUUGGAGAGAUCCUCCACCUGCAUUUCUAAGUCACUGAGGCGCUGAUUCAGGGCUGUGGAGUGUGUUAUUACUGAGUUGUGACCUUGUACUAGCGUUUCCAUGCGCUGUUCUAGCUCUGCCGUGCGGGCGCCCAGGGCCUGGAUUCCUGCUUUAAUAUCUAGGGUGCUGCGUGUGAUCUCCCCUGCCAGUAAAGUUUUUACCUCCGUUAGCUGCUGGAGGAUGUGCCUGGUGGCGUCGCCUGUCUGGUCGGGCUGCCCCCUGUCUGUACCUGUUGGUGGGGAGUGGGAGUCUCGUGUCCGGCGGCCAUCUUGUGUGGCCUGGGCAGCAUUUGAGGCCGCGAACAUGUCUGCCACGGUCGGGGCAGGGGUGAGCGGAUCCCGUCGUUUCUUCCCUCGUGGGGUGGUACUGGGACCCUUGUGGGGCAUGCAGGCGUCUGUGAGCGGUCGCGAUGCGGUUUGCAGGGGCUCGAGUGAGUGUGGAUGCGCGGGAGCUCCCUUCUCAAGCCGCCAUCUCCGUCGGCUGUUAGGCCACGCCCCCCGUUGCACUCUUUUUUUAUUUACCUCAGCAGCAAAGAAAAAUAACAUUAAAUCAGUAUAAAAGAAACCAGUAAAUAACAUGAGGUAUAUCUUCCUAGCAACAGGAACAGCCAAUCAGCAUCCUCUCUAUAGCAUAAUAGGCAGUGUCCAGUAUGCUACUUCCUCUUUCUUGCGAUCCCGAACAAGGACAACAAGUCCAAAUAAAAAGUGGGCUCCAGUUAGAGGGUAUAUGAGCCUUAAACUGGAUCUUGAAGUCAAGCUGGAAGAGAAAGGAGAAUAUGGUAAUAUCCAAGUAUAAAACUGGAUUUAUGCAUAAAUUUGCAUUACAUGGAAUAUUAUAUAUAUAUAUAUAUAUAUAUAUAUAUAUAUAUAUAUAUAAAACAUGAAAUUCAGUUUAGUCAAACCUUAUGCUCUUGACAGUCAUUAACAAGGGUAAAACCCAGUAAUAAAAAAAGACUUACCGUGAAGUCAACUUACCCAGAUAAGACCAAACCUCCAGGGAUGGGAGGGAGGGAUAAUACUCGCCUCCGUGUCAUUAAUAAAAUCAUGACUUUACAUCAUGUUAAUAGUAAAAUCUGUAAAAAAAUUUAAGACAUGGAGGCUCCUAUUAUGCUAGUUCAAAGCUGUGAAAUUGUCUCCUGUGAAGUGUUGAAUAGGUCUAAAGUAGACUCCGAAUACCAGCCGCUCUCAUAAUAUCCUCCAAGCGACAACCAAUCGACGAAGGCUUAGAAGCCAUUGCCCCACGAACCGAAUGAGGCACAGAUACAUAGGUAUCAAUACCUGCUAGUGACAUAACGUAUUUGACCCACCAGGCUAGAGUAGACACCGGAAGACGUGACUUUUGGAAGGAGAUGAAGAGUUCCUGUUUCAAAGGAUUCCGUAACGUAGUGGAAUGAUGUUCACACACCUAUUAGUAUGCAACAGGGCAAAGGAGAGAUCUAUCUGGGAAAAGUGGGUAAAAUUGAUUUUAGAGGAGGUUUUUGUCCUCCGUGAAAUGUCAAAGAGGACACCUUCUGGAGUAAAGGAACGAGCAACCACCUCAAGAGCUCGUACGUCAGAAAAACCUCUUGCAAGAAAAAAAAAAUUCAAGACAAUAGAGACGUCCCACAAGACAGCGUAUCAUGGUAAGGGUGGAUAAGCAAACCAUAUUCCUCAGAGAAGUCAAUAUAUGACAGGAUGUCAACCGUCAGGCGUCCAAUCGAAACUUUGAUGGCCAGCAGAAAUUGUCGCAUCGGUAAGGUCCACAGUGCGAUAGGCUUUACCUUCAUCAUAGAAGUCAUAAAAAUGGAGGACAGACAUAAAAGGAGCCAAUAUGGGAUUUAAAUUUAAUUUCAUGCACCAACUAUGCCAUUUGCUACAAGCAGAUUUAUAAGCCUGUCUCGUGCUGGGUGCACCCUUGAUAAGUUGGGGAGUUGAUUGCGAAACUCCCUUGACCGACCAAGGUUCCCUGAAAUAGACUACACUAUGAGAUGCAAGAGACCUUGGAGAACAAGGGGAUAAGGUACACCGUCUGGAUCCUGAAGAAGGCACUCGAGAGAUGGAAGGUCGACAUCUCCUGAAGAGGAGAGAACUAUGGUUGGGACGGUGAUAGAGGAGCCACUAUCACCAGGUGCCGGACUGGCGAUGUAGAUGGAAAGGCAACAGGUAAUCAGUGCAAAGGGCAGAAAAUCGUAAUUCCUUAGAGAAAACAUUCAUAGCCAGUGCUAUCGGAUCUGGUCUCCAACUGAAAAAAAAAAACAAAACGGGAAAGUUGAGCAUUCAAACAAGAAACGAAAAGAUCUAUUUCCAAUAGACCCCAUAGGUUCCAGAUGUCUUGGAAGACCAUGGAAUCCAAGUGCCAGUCGCUGGAAUCUGAGUUGGCUUGAAUACCAGUCCGCCGUAGUGUUGGAGAGACCUUGAAUAUAUUCUGCCGUGACUGAAAUGCCGUGUCUCAGGCAAAAUUGCCAGAAGUCACGAGGCAUGUAGGUCACAAUUUUGUAUUUUGUGCCUCCAAGUGAUUGAUGUAGCGGACUGCUGACACGUUGUCCAUCUUCAGAAGGAUAGCGCAUUGGGCUUGAGUUGGGGAGAAACUGUGUACUGCAAAGGAACCGGACAGAUGUUCCAAACAAUUGAUGUGGAGUAUCGAUUCCAGGUUUGAUUAUCUGCCCUUGGUGGAAAUAUUUCCGCAUUAAGCACCCCAACUGUGCAAACUUGCGUCGGAUUUUUUUAUCAAAUCUGGAGCUGUACAAAAUAUGGUAUGCUUAUUCCAAGCUUCUAUGUGAAGAAGCCACCAUUGGAGUUCAUCCUCCGCUUCUGAGUCCAGAGUUACCAUAUCUGUGUAUGAUGCACUGCCCUUGAGAUGAAGUUUGUAAUCGUCUUAGGGCUCGAUAACCAAGAAGACCUGGAAAAUUGGCCUGUAUAGAUGCCGCUAGAAGGCCUAACAUUCUCAACCGUUUGAGAGAGAGUUGAGAGGCUGCUAGUGUUCGCCUAUCUCUUUCUUGAUAUUGGCUAAUUUUGAAGGUGUAGAGUUUGAAGGGUAGAAUCUACAAUAAUCCAAUAUAACCCAGAAAUUUGAUUUGUUGCGUGGGAACGAUAAUGGAUUUCACCCAAUUGAUCAGGAAGCCUAGGCUCUCUAACAGAGUCAAAGUCCAUGCAAGAUAUGUCCGGAUUAAUUGAAUAGACUGAGCCAGAAUGAAAAUGCUGUCUAAAUAUAUUAUAAGACGUGAGCUUGGUGAAGCACCAUGGAGCCGAAGAUAGUCCGAAUGGGAGGCACGUGAACCUCUAUUUACUGUCCUACCAUGUAAAUUGCAGGACGUUCUCAAUCUUGAUGUUGUACUGGGAUAGGCACUGUGGGAUAUGCAUCAUGCAGAUCCGAUUUGGCCAUCCAAUCUGCUGGUUGGAGAAGAUCCCUUAAACAAUGCCCUCCUUCCAUAUUGGAAGUGCUGAUAUGCUCAUAACUAUUGAGCUGUCUCAAAUUUUUACCUUUGCCUUUUUUGGGAAGCAAGAAAAGGUUGCUCACGUAACACAGGGUAUGGGCCGGAAUCUCUACAAUUGAUUGAUUGUCCACGGAGACAAGGUCUGCGUCUCAUUGGGAAAAAACUAUUUCCCUCGAUGGGGAACUUGGAACAGGUAGAGAAAGGAAGUCUAUGCAAUACCCUUUCACAGUGUGAAGAACCUAAGCAUCUGAUGAAAUGAGGGAUCAUACAUGGGAAAAUGUGAGCCUGCCCCCCACUAUCCGUAAGGAAGAAUGGAAAUUGUGAAGACUUCUUAGGAGCACCUCUUAGGCCACUAACAACCCAGGGUCGACCACUUUGUGGGAAGGAGGUUGGUAUAGUGCAUUGUUCAAAGAAAUUAGCUCUGCAAGUAUAAGAGCCUUGGUUCUGUCUAAAAGAACUUCUGUUUGUUUAGUCGAACAAAGGAGCCCAAUUCUUUUACAAAGUUAUCCCCAAAGAGAGAACCUUUUGCCUGUGUUAUCUGGCUCGUUCAGAGCCAUAGUUAAACGUUUGGGCUCAAUCUUGAGCAAGAUCGAUUUGUGGCAUUCUGUGACUACCGCAUUGUUGGCGUUGCCAACUUAAAUCAUUCUCUGGAUCUAACCACAUAAGAAGGCGCAAUCUAAUUCUAGAUCAUCCUCUACUGCUUCAAAGAUCUUGGCUGCAUGAGUCACAUAAGUCAUCAGGGACUGUUCGGCGUUCCAUUUAGCCCGCAAUUUAUUUCAGUUUGCCUUCUCAAAAGGCUUGCUUACUCUGGAUGCAAUAUACUUGGCUACAUGGUCUGAGGAGACCACUGGGUGACACGGGUCAUUGGGUUCGAAUAGGGGUUCACAUUGAGUGUCCAAAAUCCUAUCGGUGGCCCUGAGUCCGUAUAAUCUACCUAAAUCUUGGUAGGUUUAACAGGACGUGUAUCCAAAACGGGAUUAGCAUCCUCUUCAUCAGUAAUUUCAUAAUCAGGAUCAGAAAUAUCUUCUGAAUCCUCCAUAUUGGACUCAGGGAACUCCUCCUCAAUAUCACCGAGCUCAGAUUCAGAGUUCAGUUGGGCUUUUGCCCUUUUCCAAAGUCUAGUCGAUUUUGCCUGACUAGUAGCUCUCUUGCGCGGUGGUCAAUUAAUCGCGCCAUCCGUGACUGGUAUGGUACUGUCCAUCUCUAUUGUUUUGGAGGAGUGUUUAGCCUUAUAUGAGGCCUUGCGGCCAGGCUGAAGCAGAGCAGGUGUGAGUACAGAUACUCCUCCUCAAUAUCCCUGAACUCCGAUUUAGAGUUUAAUUGGGCUUUUGCCCUUUUUCAAAGUCUAGUCGAUUUUUGCCCGACUAGUAGCUCUUUUGCGCGGUGGUAAAUUAAUCGCGCCAUCUGUGACAGGCAUGGUACUGUCCAUCUCUAUUGUUUUCGAGGAGUGUUUAGCCUUUUAUGAGGCAUUGCGGCCUGACACCAGGGCCUUGUCAUUGCUUUUGCCAUGGAAGUGUCAAUUAAAGCCUGCAUGUCAGCAGGAUCAGUAAAGCAGAAAUUCAGCCUCAUCUCCAGAGAUACCUGGAGAGGCUUCUACAUUCAUCUGCAUGUUUGCUGUAGACCCAGAAAGAUCCUGUCAGACUGCAUCAUAAAUUUACAAACAAACCUAAGGGGAUGAAUAAAGUAAAAUAAUAGCAAAAGGAAAGGGUUGAGUAACCCUCAAGUAAAAAAUAAAUUAAUCAGGAUAUAGAAAUGAAAGUACUCAUAAUAGUGAAAAAAUAGCAAUUGUAAUAUAAAAAACAAAGGUGCUGCCCCUAUAACUAAACCCCAACUUGGAUUUCUGGCAGUUGGUGGCAGAGCAGCAGCCAGACAGGUAAACGAAGGGGAAAAAAACAGCACAAUGGCACUAUUCAGGGGAUAAAGGUCCUCAAAGACGCCCCUGAGCCCCAAUUGAUGGUAAUCUUGGGGCCAGGGAGAUCAGAGGGGUAAGAAAUUAUCAAAGGAUAUAUAAUAAAGCAUAUAACUGAAGUAAAUACAUUUAAUUAAGUUAAAAUGAAGUAACUAAAUAUAUUUAUAAACAUGAAAAUUUUAUAAUUAAAAUGUAACUAUAUUAACCACAGUAAUGAUAUGAAUAAAAGUAAAGUAAAAUAUCCCACAGUUAAGAACCAUGGGACCUAGUGUCACUGAGGGAGCAGCAAAGAAAGAGGAAGUAGUAUACUGGACACUGCCUAUUAUGCUAUAAAGAGGAUGCUGAUUGGCUGUACUUGUUGCUAGGAAGAUAUACCUCAUGUUAUUUACUGGUUUCUUUUAUACUGAUUUAAUGUUAUUUUUCUUUGCUGCUGAGGUAAAUAAAGAAAGAGUGCAGCAUAAUAGGAACCUCCGUGUCUUAAUAAAAUUGGGGAUCAUUCACUAUAUAGACUAUGCCGGAUGCUGAUUGGCUAUCAAGUGUUCCAUCUGUUAGUUUUUUUUGUCUUUUAUUCACUAAACUUUAUUGAAAAAAUGUCUUUGCUGCUGGAGUUAAGUAAGGAAUAAUAAUGCACACCCAAGGUGGUAAUGUGGUCACCCCGUGAUGCGGAGUGGCCGUUACACCUCGGGUGUGCAUUAUUUUUUAUAAUAAUUCAACGGCCUGGAGUAAAUUAUUCCGCUUUUAUUACAGUUACCACACCUCGAAACAUUGUUCAGAUGAUGUAUUUCAAGACGUUUGUCAAGUUUUUGUCGUUAAAAUGCUCUUGUAUGUAGGACUAAUUUCUUACGCAACUGUAAUGCAGUCAAGACCUGUCUGGAACUACUUUAGCCGUGCGUCUCCGUGAAAAUAAUGGACACAUUAGAACAUUCGAUGGAUAGGAACCAGCGCUUAUUACAAGUAGUUAAGAAAAACACAAUUUGUUAUAAAUAUCUUCAAACUAGCUGCUAAACAUUCGUAUGGUGCUUCCAACACCUCAAACAACAAAAUACUUGAGAAAGAGAAGAAUGUAAGCGCUACAUUCUUCUUUCUCAAGUAUUUUGACCUUAGAACAUUCGUCAACCAAUCAGAUUGAAACAUUCAACGGCCCUGUAGUAUAAAGAAAGUUAAUGCAUAAUACGAGCCUCCUGGCUUGCUAUAACAUCAAAGUCAGACUUUUACAAUAUUUGUGUUGCAAUACUAAAUUUGGGAGGCAGAGGGCGUGCUUCCACUUUGGAAAACUGAUUGGUAAACGCUAAGUUUCCCACAAAAAAUACAAAAUCUGAAACGUAUCUGUUGCAGGUAUAGUGUUGUCCUAUACCUAAUCUGUAAAAUUAUAUUUUUAAAUUUUUUGUUUCUUAUUUUCAUUUUAACCUGGAUUUAUUUUGCAAAGAAGCACGUUAUGGGGAUUGCCACUAAAUGACAAAUAGCACAUUUAGUCUUUUUAAGUGGGACGGUGUAGAGCACUUUCGUCUUUAAUGUGUUUGGUAGAAAAUAAGUUUUUCAGUCUGCAAUCAAAGUGUAGUGUAGUGUAGUUAUGAAACAAAAUAAGGCAACACUCAAUCAUGAAAGAACAUAUUCUCCUAAUGGCAGCUUCUUAAAUCAACAGAGUUGAAGGUUCAACAACCAGAAGAAGUGAAGUAUCCAAAGAACAAGGACCUCAAUCAAAAAAUUUCCAUUACUAAAGGUGACAUCACCAAGUUGGAAGUUGACGCCAUUGUCAAUGCAGGUAAGAUGCAUAACUUGCUGGUGUUUAGAGUCUUCUUAACAACCAUGAAUGUCAUCAAAAGGUAAGGUACAACUCUUGUACAAUUUAAAGAUGCUAUUUGUAUUAUGUUAUGAUUGCUGCUUGUCAUAUUGCAUGCAGAGCUUCCCAAUGUUGGAUAUUUAUCCCAGACACGUUUCUUGGUGAAUGUCAAUGUUCACUUUCUUAUAAAUUCUUGAAGACGAACUGCGUUUUUUUUUUUCUUUUUCUAAACCCAGUUUUAUCUCUCUCUGUUUCACCUAAUUUUAGACUUUUUAAAGGUACACCUCUGAUUGAAAAAUCUGCUGUUUUUUCAUUGCAAAUAAAUAUUUACUGGUUUUAUCUUGAAAUUGAUGCUGUAUUGAAUUUUUUUUGUUUGUUUAAUUUUUUUUUUAUCCCCCAAAAAUGGAUUGAAAAUGAAGACCAUCUUAAGCAUAUUGGUUUAUACAAAAAUUUGUAUGAUGUUACUGGCCAGCUGUUAAAGUACAGCUUGCAUGAUCCCCUUCCCUUCCAGUAAGUUUUAUAGAAAUACUGACUGAGAAUUAUGGAGAUUAAUAAAGAACAUUCAAAGCACCAUAACAACUACUGCCCACUUCAGUGGGUAUGGCGCCAAGAGUGUACAUGUGCACUUGUAGGGUAAAUUGUCAAACUUCCUUUCCUGCCAGAAGCUGCAGCACUAAGCUAAGCCCAACACUGCAGGUUUUAACUCAUUAGCUCAAAGUACUCAAUGGAGAGUUCUAAGCAAAUAAGCCAGACACACACAGCAGUGCUUAGUUUAGUUGAGCUUAUGGAACCUCCUAGCAGGAGCUUCUGGAAGCUGCAACUGGCGGAUCCCAGAAAAGUUGUCAAAUCUUUCAAUUCUGGAUUUUCUGAGUUCCAUCUAAAUAGUCACUUGGUCCAUUGCUCCCUGUGCACUGUGACAGCCUUCUGAUCAAUAAGAAGCUGUAGAUUUUAGGUUGCUUGCUAAAUGCAAACAAGAACGUAUUGUAGAGGUGGUAAAUAAAGGGCCCACGCCACAAAACUUGGAACAAAAAAAAAAGUGGUAUUUGAAAUAUUGUACAUUAAAGCAGCAUAAUAGUGUUAGGAAUACAAAGAUGUAUUCCUAACACUGUAGGAACCCUCUGUCCAACAUCGCUUGCAGGAGCAUCCCCCGUCCUUCCCCAUAACUUUUUAAAUACAUGCCUGAAUCCAGCACUUAAGUCCCUCGGCAUUGAGUUGUGUGCUUCCAGCACAGUCAGCCAAUCAGGGGAACCUAAUGAGCAUGCACAGCAAGUGCCACUUGCACAUUAGACCUUCCCCAUGGGAAAGCAUUGACUCAAGUCAAACUCAUUGAAACUGCAGGAAGCUCUUCUAGUGGCUGUCUGGUAGACAGCCACUAGAGGCAGUCUGAACACUGCAAUGUAAAUAUUGCAGUUUCUCAAAAAAUGCAAUAUUUUACAUUGCAGAGUUAAGGGAGACAGGGACAUUGCAUCCAGACCACUCACUUUACUGAGAUGAUUUGUAUGGGUGCCUGUAGUGUCCUUUUAACAAACAUCCCUUGCUGUGCACUUUAAUUAUGGUAACAAGUAGAAUGCUGCAUUGUAAGUUGCUCCGGGUAAGAUACGUUUCAUUGUUUAUAUUGAUUCAAAUUGCAUUCAAACAUAAUCUGAUAUUGGACCUCCUGUUGAGAGAGAGAGAGAGACUGAGACUGCCCACCGGUCUUAAAAUUACAAUACUUUAAUCAAUUAAAAACAACCAACGUUUCAGUCCCCGCUCGGGACUUUCCUCAGGGUCAACAAUAAAAAGUGUGUGUGUGUGUGUGUGUGUGUGUGUAAAUAUAUAUAUAUAUAUAUAUAUAUAUAUAUAUAUAUAUAUAUUUUUUUUUUUUCAACUGAAGGUCCGGUAUUUAACUUUCCUUUGCUGUUAUCAGAGACAUGAUAUGUCUGCUUAACUGCUUACAUCCUCAGAUCACAUGAAGGGUUACAGUAAGUUAUGUUCUUUGAGUGGGGAAUUGGAUCUUGUGUGAGUGUAACAGCAUGUUAUAGAAGGGGGAAAGUGGUGGAAGUCUCAUUUGCUAGGAGUCGAGAGAGAAAUUGAAUCUGUCAUUCUUGUACAAGUGACAUCCAUCACCUUUGAGGAAAAGCUGUUUUUGUCGUUUCUAACAAUAGAAGUGAUAUCACCGUCUGGCCUGAUGUUAAUGCAUUUUUUUUUUUUUUUUACUUCUUUCUAUUUACUUUGCCUAUAUGUGUAAAGCUAUAUAAUAAAGUGGAGACUUUAUGUAAUAUAUAUGAUUACCAUGCUAUUGCCAACAUUACAGGUCAUUGCUAGCAGGGAUUAGAACGCCUAAAGCUUAUUCUGUUAAUGUGGAAUUACAGAUAUGUAGAGUAGAAUUUUAUUUAUAUAUAUAUAUAUAUAUAAUUUGUUUAAACAAAUUCUCAACCACACAUCCAUGGUUUACUUAAUACCACUAUUUAUAUCAAUGUGAUUACUUAGCAUUUCAGUGAAGGGAUUGUUUUUAAAAUAUCUACUCUAUAUUCACGCCGACAAGUGUGUUUUUUGUUUUUGUUUUUGCAGGCUUUUUACUUUUUCUGUAGUUCAAACCAGGGAUAGCUAAGAAGUAGACAUCCUAAGAUGUUGAAGAGCUACACCUCCUACAAUGCUUUGCUGAUCUUGACAUGAUAAUUUUAACAUCAAUUCCCCUCCCUCCAAAUCAUUGAAUACGUCUUUUAUUACCGGAAUUUAUUUAAUGUGUAGUUUGGAAAUUUUAACUUGACUGACCUGAUUUUAGUGGUGGAGUGUGUUCACCUUGGUUGGGUGUAAGGCUUCUGUAACUCCCACCUCUGACCUGCUCACUUUUACAUUUUUAAUUAUAAUUUUUUUUAAUUUACCCUUCUUUGGGAAACUUCCUCCAAGCGGCCCAAACCUCCUCUGUGAUGUUGAUAUGCUUGUUUCAUUACCAGAAUGCUGGCUGUCACGAACUCGCCCAAGAGUGUGCGUGACGUAGUUGUGAUGGUAAAAGGGGUUAAAGUUCACUAUUUGUCUGCACUAGACUGAAAAUAAUGAUACAAUCCCACUUAACACCACCCACACUUAACCAUAAUAAUAUUAAUAUUACUAUUUUAAUGCUGCCACCAAGACAAUUUAUAAAUGGGAUGCCUUGGUCCACCAGGUAACUUAAUAAGGAAAACCCACCAAAUAAAACUUGGCACAAUAUUUAAGCAAUUGCAAAACACUAAUUAGUCUCUUCAGGUAAGUGAUUCUUUACCAGACAAAGGAAGAACUUAAUAAAGGAAUAUUUAUGAGCAAAACAUAGUCACAGUGCAUACAAAAAUAUAAAUGACAAUCAAAUUAACAGAUAAAAAAAACAAAAGGGAUAAAAUAACAAGUCCUAAUCACUUACUCAGGUUGUCAAAGUAAAACUUCUGCCUUGGGGGUCUUUGGCAAGAUGGUGACUCACUCAAAAUUAGAUUUUGGCCCCAAGCAAGUACAAUACAUAUCUCAGUAGCAUUGGAUAUAUACCCUGUGGAUUACCAAGCCUGGCCCAAAAGGUGGAGAUAAGGUGUACCUAUAGAGACAAUAAGUGAUCACCCCCUUGUGUUCCAGACUAACAUCAAUCCAACUAGAAACUUUUUCUUCUAUCUCCUCUUUGGUACUUGCCACAGAAAUAAUAAUUGCAUUUAUGAAUGUUACCAUUUUUCCAUUCCAUAGAAAUGUCAUACUUCUUACUUGUGACCCAAUUUAGCGGACAUCACAAUCAUGCCCAAUGGCGUAAGUUACGCAACUCAUGUUUAGGCUUGAUUAGAAGACUGUGCUUGUCCCAUUCCAAAUAUAUUAAAAAUGAGGCUUAAUUAUUAACUGUGGGUAAGUAUUAAUGUUUCUUUUGGAUAUGAUACUGGAACACAAGGCUAACGGCCAUUAACAUAUCAGACCCACUAUCUAAGAGGGAAUCUAGACAUAUGGCAAAUUAGAGAGUUGUUUUAUAUUUAAAUCAGACUUCCAGGCCACUUAUGUGUGACUUCUCACACCUUACAGAGUAGCUCUGUUGGGGUCCCAGCUUCAAAGAGGAAUUUUAGGUUGUAAACCUUCUGCCCUCCCAUACAAUCAAAUUAACACCUUUUGGAAUUGACAAUACCACCUCCCUCAAGUUCAUAUAUGCACUAUACAAAUUACAAUAAAUGACAAUAUUCCAGAGUGCAACAAUGAAUUAUGCACCGUGACACUGGCUUCUUAGUGGAGCAGCAUCAGUCACUCCGUUGCUCCCUCUCCAGAGCUAGCUGGGUAGGAGGCAAUCUUAGCAAUGAAGUGCAUACUUUGGUUUGAGAGCAGGAGGGCCACCAGUGGGAGGACCUUUCUAAUGUCCCUGUCACACAGUUCUUAGGCACAGUAGUCGAUGCCAAAGAAUUUGACAGGUGGGAAAAAGACACAUUUGUUAGCAGGACGCAUAGAAUUGUAUGCUCUUUCUAAAGAGCAUAAGUUGUGUGUUCUAGGACAGAUACACUCUUAAUUAACCCUGGCAAAGCAACAACAGAUGUUGUAAUUCUACAACAGCUUAGGGGGUCCACCUUCUGGUCUUGGUUUAAACAUUUCUAUUAUAUUGUCUUUUUCAGAGUAACUGAUAGCACACCAUGGUAUUGGUACUACCAAUUGAGAUAAAGGUAGCAAAAUCUGGUGAAAGGCAAGCUACAUGAGGCAAAACACAUUUUCUAUAGAUUGAUUUUGGCUUAUAUUUUAUUUUUAUUCUUUUCUUCAUUCUUUUUUUUUCAAUCCACGUGGGAGUACAGAAUAUGAGUAUGUAACAUGUCACAUAGUAUAGUUAUAUAUUAAAGGACCACUAUAGUGCCAGGAAAACAAACUCGUUUUCCUGGCACUAUAGUGUUAAUAGGUCCCCCCUCCCUCCUGGUUAUAGGGGGAGGAAGGGGUUAAAGGCUAACCUUUCUCCAGCGCCGGGCUCCCUCGGCGCUGGGGACUCUCCUCCCUCUUCCGACGAAUGCGCAUGCGCGGCAAGAACCACGAGUGCAUUCAAUCAUUCCACAGGAAAGCAUUUCUCAAUGCUUUCCUAUGGAUGGCAGCGUCUUCUCACUGUGAAAAUCAUAGUGAGAAGUGCCUCUAGCGGCUGUCAAUGCGAGAGCCACUAGAGACUGGAUUAACCCUAAUGUAAACAUAGCAGUUUCUCUGAAACUGCUAUGUUUACAGCUGCAGGGUGAACCCUAGAUGGGCCUGGCACCCAGACCACUUCAAUGAGUUAAAGUGGUCUGUGUGCCUAUAGUGGUCCUUUAACAAUAACAAAUAAUGAUGUUGAGUAAACAUGAGAGAGGUAUCAAUACAUGGAAAUUAGUUACGCGACCAGAUGGAAAUGUAGAAUGAGGGGUUUUUAUGUAUGAGAAAAUAAUAGGAUGUUGAGCGGGCCUAUGCCAAGUUGUGACCCAGAGUUGUCCCCUUGGGGAUAUACCACCUCCCAGUAGAUUGAAAUGAUGCGUGAUCUCGAAAGAGUAGAAUAGUGGAGCCUUCAAACGAGAUGGGCGUCUUCCCCCUAACUGCUGCCUAGUGCAAGGCCUUGUCCUGUAAAAAUUUAAAGCGGUCCGGAGCUGUGGAAGGUAGUGCACCUGUUGGUUUGGGGAGACGGAACAUGCCAUCUAUUUUUACAGAUUUGGCUUGUUUUGGAGGUAGGAAAGCUUCGAGAAACCUCUGUAGGAAAUGCGGUAAGUCCAGGGGCCAAGGUGAUUUUGGUACGCCCCAGAGCUUGGUUAUAUCGCCUCCGUGCAUCCUCCAAGGUAUUCACUCUACCAUCCGCCUUCUGCUGUUGUUGUACAAGUUCCUCGAUCUUUGCCUCCAUCUUAGAACGUUGGGCAUCGUGGGAGCUUCGUUAGGGCCUCCAGCAGAGCGAUUGAAUAGUUGCUCCUUCAACUGCUUUUUUUGAAGUAUGCCAUAUCUCCUGCGAUAUUUCUUCGGAGCUCAGCCAGCAUUGAUUUCAGCAGUGCUGCGGUGACUAGUUUCUGGUCGUCCGGCACCGGAGGCCGAUCGCCCAACUGAAUACGAAGCGAAGCCCCCUCUCCAAGGUCGAAAGAUAGGUACUCCGAGGAGCAUGUAGAUCCCUCAUUGAGGAGCGCCAUAUUGUGCCAUGCGGCCUUCUGUGUGCCUCGGAACAUGUCUCCGAUAUUCUGGCCCAGCAGGCACUUGUCAGCCUUGGAUUUUUGGUCUUGCAUCCCAUAGUAGCUCCACUGGGUAGGUGAGGACCAGAGUGGUUAGUUUUCACCUUUUUCCACCGAGAAAACGGCUCUUUUAUGCAUUUUUUUUUGGUUUUGUUUUUUUGGUCUUGGCUUUCUAUUCGAAUCACUGUUUUCUAUACUUGUAUUUUUUCUACAGGAAUGUGUAUUCACUCCACAUGUUAUUACCAAAUCGAAAACACAUUGCAAAUUUAUGUGUAUUGGCACUUCACUAUUUUUAACAGUGUAGGGGGAUAAUUUAUGUUCUUGGGUUUAAUUGAUUGCUUCCCACUUAAUUUGUAGUUUAGAUUGUAUUUAUACUCUUUUCAUCCUUGAUCCCAGGCCGGACAAUGUCCCCUUGUCGGGUGAAACACUACAUGGUCCACAGCUAUUGCAACUUUGUUACUGUGAUGAACUCCUAAUUAGAGGAUGUAUAGUAACCAAGAGUAGUAAGCAGGGACCUUAUUAAAGGUAGAAAGUUUUCAUUUGAUAAUCUAAGGCAGUAGACGUUGCAAUCCAUCAUAUUUUUAGAGUGUUUGUAGGUAAAGUACAUCUAUUGUGACAUACUUACAGAACAUUUUUGACAACCAAUGAUGGCAAACAUUUUGCUCAGGUAUUCAUUUCUUCUGAAAGAAAUAUACCUUCAUAAAAUCUACAGGUCUCAAUCUAAAUGAUCACUUAAGGACACAAUAGAACCUUACCAGAUGAUCCAAGAAUGUGAAAGUAAUGUGCUGUUCGCCUGCUUUCUGCUGAGUUUAAUUUGCACCAGCUGAGCACUUUCCUUUUUUUUUUUUUUCUUAAUAGCUUUAUCGAGACAGAAAAACAAUAUCUCUAUGAAUGCAAAAGUGGCUGGAUACAUGACAAAUGUCUUAAUAAAUUAAGACAAAAAGUGCAAUAUUGCCCAUUUAGACACCUCAUCUGCUAUAAUUUCUGA